AUGAUUUCCCCAAACGUGGUGAUUACCAGAGCAGUUGCUUUCCUGAGAGAAAGGCUGCUGGGAAUCUGCAAACCUCGAUCCUCACCUCCUCUCACCUUUUCCAAAACUCAGAACAGCGAGAAUGGGCACCAAGAGGAAAACUCACCGCACCCUCUGACUGACACUGGGGGCAGCACUGGCUCCCUGCGGGGCUCUGAGGCCUGGAAAUCUGUCUGGGACAUCACCACUGGCUAUGUGGCAACCAAGGUGUUUUCCAAAAACACCUGCAUCAUUUCUAAAAUGGACAGGAGUGUUUUGCUUCAUCAGCCGUUUCCUGCACCACCUCAAGGACAUCAGUUACCAAAUAUCAAUGGAGUGAAGCAAGUCGUAGACCAGCAGCCAUCCACAUCCAUCACCAGGCAAAUCACCGUUAAUGGACAGUUACAACUUGUGUUCAUCAACGGGCAAUGGCGCGUGGCAACUAUCGAGCAACAGGGCGGCUUCAGGUCCUGGAAAACCAUCUGGGACUACAACACCGGCUUUAUUGCAACCAAAGUGCUGCCAGAGAGAGUUUGCUACGUUUCCGUCAUGAACAGAAGCCAGAUGCCCACCUUUGAUUCACUCCUCACUCAGGUCGAUUACAUGAGGAACCUGCAGUUCCAAGGACAGCUGACAAGGCAGCUCACAUUCGUCACCCAGGGACUUGUCCCUAACCUCCAGGCCUAUGGAUCCAGCAUCUAUGCCAUGUGCAGAGGACUCCCAACCUACGUGGCUACUCAAGUCUAUGGUCCCCAAAACACUUUCAACCUGGGAUCAUGCAUUAGACUUGAUGUCCUGCGGCUCGUGGAGCUUAGGUACUGUCGUGCCAACAUCAAUGGCAACAUCAACGGCAACAUCAAUGGCAACAUUAACAUCGGUGUCAAGGGCCUUCCUUGA